CCAUCUUUCUGUCUCUCUCUUUUUUAUCUUUACAGUUUUGAAAGUUCUUCCAUCUUUACAGUACUUAUUUGACAUGGGAGAAGCUCAAGAAGUGCAACUCCAAAUCAUGGUUGAGGAGGCUAAAAAACCAAAAAGUGCUCAGAAUAUAAAUAUGACUGCAGCAGUGCCUCAACAAAUAGAUUACAAAUGGUGGCUGAGGAUAGCUCUCUACAUUCUCAUUGUCCUUGUUGGCCAGACAGUGGCUCUACUUUUGGGAAGAUUGUACUAUGUUAAAGGAGGCACAAGCAAAUGGGUAGAAACAUUAAUGCAGGUUGCAGGUUUCCCAGUUCUCCUUUUCUUCUAUUGCUUUUCUGCUUUCAAAAAACCCACUUCAAACAAUCUUCGAAGUCAACCAAGAUCUUCCUUUAUUGUGGCAUUGAUUUAUGUCUCACUAGGCUUACUUACAGCAUUGAAUUGCUUUCUGCUUUCAAUUGGGAUGCUAUAUCUUCCUGUUUCUACUGUCACUCUCAUUUCUGCAUCCCAGUUAGGCUUCAAUGCUUUAUUCUCACUUUUCCUGAAUUCACAGAAAUUCACCCCUUUAAUCAUCAAUUCCAUGGUGAUUCUCACCAUCUCCUCUAUCCUUCUUAUGUUUCAAGAUGGCUCUGGAGAGCCCUCUGGAGUCUCCAAAGUGAAGUUUGCUAUUGGGUUCAUAUGCAACAUUGCUGGAUCCGCAGGCUGUGGAUUGAUACUUGCUUUGAUGCAGCUUUGUUUUCGGAAGGUUCUUAACAGAGGAACUUUCAAAGAGAUCAUCGAUGUCAUAUUCUAUUCUUCAAUAGUUGCAACUGGUGCAACCCUGGUGGGACUUUUUGCCAGUGGAGAAUGGAAAGGUUUAAGUAAAGAGAUGGAAUUGUAUGAGCUUGGAAAAGUGGCCUAUGUGAUGACUAUUUUUUGGGCAACCAUAGCUUGGCAGAUUUUUACUGUUGGCGUCGUCGGAUUGAUCUUUGAGGUGUCUUCACUGUUCUGCAACUCCAUAAGUGUUUUAGGGUUUCCUCUGGUUCCAGCUUUGGCUGUGGUGUUUUUCCAUGACAAAAUGGAUGGAGUGAAGGUGAUCUCCAUGGUUUUGGCCAUUUGGGGCGUUGUUUCUUAUAUCUAUCAGCAGUAUUUGGACAAAUCCAAUUCAGAAACUGAUUCCAGAAUUGCCAGUGAAGAUUCUGAAGCUUUUCCUUCCGGCCUUGAAAUAGUUCACAAAUGAGAUUUCAUGUACAGACUUAGUACAUGAAUAAAAGCAGUACUGUAGCUACGAACUUUAAAUAUUUUAUUGAAUAUUAAAAAAACAUAUUAUAUAAAUAAAUUUUAUUUUACCAUAA